GAUCAGGAAGUGGGCAGAGUCGAAGCAGGGAUUCUUGAGCCGAGCAGGCUAACGCAGAACAGCUGACUUAUUUGUAAGAUUGCACGAUUUCGGCUGACAUUUCGAGUUGCAUGUGCCGUGCCUUGCUGACAGCUCGAGGGUCGCACUUUGAUCGGGUUUGAUCGUGGGCAGAAGUCAUGACUACUCUGACACAGAGAACAUCGGGCCUUGUCCAGCGACGGACCGAGGCCACUCGCAACGCCGCCGCCGACAAGGAGCGAGGCUCCAGCGGGGAGGAAGACGAAGCGCGUCGCGGAGACGAGGAAGAGGACGACAAAGGGGACUCCAAAGAAACUAGACUCACCCUGAUGGAGGAAGUGUUGCUUUUGGGUCUAAAGGACCGAGAGGGCUACACGUCCUUCUGGAAUGACUGUAUUUCUUCCGGGCUUCGAGGGUGUAUGCUCAUAGAGCUGGCCCUGAGAGGGAGGCUGCAGCUCGAGGCCUGUGGGAUGAGGAGAAAGAGCCUGCUCACAAGGAAGGUGAUCUGUAAGUCAGAUGCCCCGACAGGAGACAUGCUGCUGGAUGAGGCUCUGAAGCACAUUAAAGAGACCCAGCCUCCAGAGACUGUCCAGAGCUGGAUCGAGCUUCUCAGCGGAGAGACAUGGAACCCCCUGAAGCUGCACUACCAGCUGAGAAAUGUGAGAGAACGUCUCGCUAAGAACCUGGUAGAGAAAGGUGUUCUCACAACAGAGAAGCAGAACUUCCUGCUUUUUGACAUGACCACGCAUCCGCUCACAAACAGCUCCAUUAAACAGCGACUCGUGAAGAAGGUCCAGGAUUCUGUUUUGGAGAAGUGGGUCAACGACCCACAUCGCAUGGACAAGCGGGUUCUGGCACUAAUCCUUCUGGCCCACUCAUCUGACGUUCUCGAGAAUGCCUUCGCCCCCCUCCAGGAUGAGCAGUAUGACCUGGGCAUGAAGAGGGUCCACACUCUAUUGGAGCUGGAGCCGGAGAAAGAGAGCACAAAGCCCAAUGCUAAUGAACUGAUGUGGGCUGUGGUGGCUGCAUUCACUAAAUGAAAACAGCUGAUUGGUUGGACUGGAAGAUCUGGCUAUGGUCUGUGUUAUUUAAUUGGUUGAAAGACUUCAAUUAAUGAGACAAUCUGUUUGGUUGGGGCGCCUGGUUGUACACCUAUUCCAGAUGACAUUUUGGUGGUAGACCUUGUUAACCCAAAGCAAUCUUAUUGGUGGCGGGCUUCACCAAGUCAAGUUUGGAAUCCUUCAAUGACAAAUGACUGGCUGCUCUCACCCAGUGAGGUGUAUUACCUGCCACUGGGAGACUGGAUAUUCUGAUCAACUCUGACACUACUAACAGACGGGUGUCUGUUCCUCAUGUUAGAUGACAGUGACGGACAACAAAGGUGGCAACAGUGGCAGUGAUGAAAACGAAGAUUUUACUGGGUGCAAGUGGCUUCUAUUUUGAGGAAAUAACAUCUCUUCUUAAUGUUUAAGAUCUGAGCAGAAUCAGCUCCUGGCCUGUUCUCCAUACUCUGCCCACAUGCUUAUGCAAAGAUAAAGAAUAGCAAGUUACAUGGCAGUUUGUACUCCUGGCAUUCACGCAGGUCUCCUGCUUCCACCUGUUCAUUCCCAGUUGUGUUGGGAGUGCAUGCUAAGGUUCACUCCUCAAACAGACUUUGCGUGAAUGCCUCUUAUUCAUUCCCUGUAUGUUUUCCUCCGAAUUUUUUCCCCUCACUCCCUCCCAUUGCAUUUUGAGGCCAGAGAGGAUCCAAGUCACAGCUUAAGUUCCUAAAGUUCAGGCCCUGCAUAAUUGAAGGGCAGGACAGUUUGGCCUUAAUUUACAGUGGCCUAAAAGAAGAACUUAAAACUUGAGUGCAACAGUACUCUUGAUAUCUUCUUAGUUUGUCAUUUUUGCAAGGGUCUGUUCUGUGUUUUAUGGGAUGUGACUGGUCUUCCAUUACUGUUUUACGUUGCUAAUAGACGCUUGAGUAGCCUGCCAUUUAUCAGAUACUUUGCACAGUUAGUAGCCCUGUAGUUACGACAACAUUUUUUUCGGGGGGUAUUUCUUUGGCUUGAAUAACCUACUUGUGAAAAUGAGAUUGAAAAGUAUGAAGUUUAGCAGUCGUGGUAUAAUUUUGAAAUAUCACAAUAUCUGUAUGCCUGUUUAUCUUUACAGUUACUGUAAAAUCCUUCCUUCUGAUCCAUAGAGAAAUCUACUAUUCACAUUUUCUCAAUGUGAGACAUAAAGAUGCACAAACAGUUAACGGUGAUCUAGUUUAUACAAGUGAAGCUCAAAAUGUCCGUGCAUAUAGCGUACACCAGAUUUGUGAUGAAGGCCCAUAAUUAAUGAUUGUUAAUACAACCAUGCUAAAUUUUGCUAAAUGGGCUGUUAUUAGUUCUAGAAAUACUCAAGCUUCCCUCUCACACUAUAACCCUCAUUUUGUAUUUUUUGUCAUAUUUGGGUGUUAUUUCUAAUGGACUCAUGCAGGCAUGUUGUACUGACACUUUUUCAGUGCGGGUUUUGAAAGAGUUGCAUAGCCCUCAGAUGAAUUUAUGUUCAAGACUGAAAACAUUCAAAAACAUACAGUCCGCUGGCAGAACGAUUAUCUCGUGACAUACCUAAAAGUGGGCCCGGGAAAAACUUUUUCAAUGUACAAUUUCCAUUGUAAGAGUUGUUCUUUGGUUUGAAUGGCGUGAUCUGUGUAUGAAGUCACCUAUCACCUAUCACCAUACUGUAGUUCUGUCCUUUUUUUCUGCCUUCAAAAUGCCUGUAGGUAUGAAGAACUGUUCGCAGCUGUUUACAGAGAUCAUGCAUGCUAUUGGUGGAGGGCUGUGGGACUUGUGGAUGUAGCUACAAAGGAAAGGCUUGUAUGUAAUUAUUAGUCAUUAUAUGUGUACGAUGAAAUGAAAUUCAAUGAAAGGGAUCUUCUCUCCUAUUCUCUAUAAUUCUGUAUGCUUUUGUAUUACAACAAAAUAAAGUAUGGAUCCUUUAAGUGCCUGAAUUUA